CCUAGUGAUAUAUAAUCACAUCACUGUCCGGUGGCAGGUUAGAUCUAUGGCGUCUUUACCUGCCUUCCUCCUCCUGUUGGGGACCUUCGUCCUGGGCGCGGCUGGGACUAACAUACUAGGGAAUGGAGACCUAGAGGAUGUUACCCUAGGGACCUACUGGAGUAAAUCGGGAUGUUCCUGGACCAUCAGUACCACGGAGAAACAUGGCGGGGCGCAGAGUGUCCACAUCACAGGGAGAUCAGCUAAUUGGGCAGGACUUGGUUAUUUGAUUGGUUCACCCGAUGUCACUUCCGGUAAAAUGUACGCUUUUGUUGGUUACAUCAAGUUACAAAACUUAGCGGCUGGCCACUUGUAUCAUGACGUGAUUGUGAAGCUUAGGACAGAAACACUCGACGGGACUAAGAAAUACUCCAACAUUGCUAUUCAUCCUCGUCUUCGACCGGGAUCAUGGCAGGAGGUAGGCGGAGACUUCAAACUCCCGGAAAAUAUCAAAGAGAUCAAAAUUUAUAUUCAGAUUGAGGAAAAGGAUGUAAACUAUUUUUUCGAUGACGGAAGCCUUGUAGAACUCGUUCCGGACCCAAAUUGGCGAUCAAAGGCUGAAUCCAAUAUUGAUCUCUAUCGCAAGGCCAAAUUAAAUAUCAUAGUACGAAAAGUCAAAGGAAUUAAAUUGAAGACUUUUACAAUAGAGGUUGAGCAGAAGCGUAGCGAGUUCGCACACGGUACUGCAGUAAAGGCCAAACUUUGGACCAAUUCAAGUUAUUCUUUCUACAACGACUUUGUAUACAAUACUCUUAAACCAGAAUGGGCCGUACUGGCAAACGCCCUCAAGUGGAAAGGCAUGAGAUGGACCGAGGGUAAAUUAAGGUUUGACGAUGCUAACGCAACGAUCAAUGACCUAUUGGAUAACGGAUUGUCAUUACGUGGACACAACGUCUUCUGGGGUGUAGAAGAAUGGGUUCCUGAUUGGGUAAAGAGUAUUACCGGAUCCGGCGGAGAUGUUGACCAAGAUCAAAGAGAGGAUUAAUGAAGCCGUCACACUCACAAAAGGGAGGCUAGCCCAUUGGGAUGUCAACAACGAGGCUCUACAUGACGACUUUUACGAGAGGAAGACCGGAAACGUAGAUAUCACCAUGGAUAUAUUCCGGGAUAUGAACUUGAAAGACCCAAGUGUUAAACUAUUUCUUAACGACUUUGCUAUUUUCAACAAAGGCGUAUACACUACGGCCAUGAUGAACCAAGCCAAGAGUUUUGUAGAUUCACAAGUACCAAUUCAUGGUGUUGGAGUUCAAAGUCAUUUUGCGUCCACAGAAAUAGAUAUGACUCAACUUAAGUACCGUCUGGACAAGGUGGCCGAGGCUGGUCCGCCUAUCUGGGUAACGGAGUUUUCCAUUCGUGGCACUAACAAUACAGAGAAAGCCGUGGCAAUGGACGAGGCCAUGACAAUGUACUUUAGUCAUGAGAAGGUGGCGGGCAUCAUUAUAUGGGGAUUCUGGGGGCCUUCUAUCCAGUGGCCAGAUGAUACUUUGACAACGGAUACAAUUCCAAUUGUUCUGAACGAAGCCGGCGAGAAAUACGUGGAACUUGUAAACGACAAAUGGAGAACUAACUGGAGUGGGAAAUUGAAAACCUACAAAAACCAGAGGUUCUUCAAGGGCGACUACUGCAUCAAAGUCAAGAAGAGUGGAGUCACGCUGAAAACCAUUAACUUCUCCUUAUUAAAGGACCGGAAGCUGAAACUGAAAAUCAAGGGAACAA